GUUUCAUAGUGCACUCCAGAGUACUCUGUGCACUCCAGAGUACUCUAUGCACAUCGCGGGAAUGUCACGUCGCGUCAACCCAACCCAACCUUGAGCAGCGCCGCAAUCCGAGCCCCUCCCCACACGCAGACCACCACCACCCCGCCGCAACCAACUAAACCGAACCAUCCAUCGCGGAGUGUCGCUCGCUCUCCACUGUGCCGUACCACCAGAUUCCUUCAAUGCCUUCAGAGUCUGCUUCGAAAGACGCUAUAGAAGCUCCCGAGUACGAUGAAGACGUCCUAGCGCUCGCGGACCGAAUCCGACGGGCUGCCGGCGACCGCAAAUCCGUUUCGAAGGAAGACCUCGGCGCCGCCAUCUCCGGCCUCGGCCAGUAUGCGACAAUCCGCGGGCUCACGCCGGAGGUCCUAGAGCUCCUUGUCGAUACCCUCACGAAGAGCCCGUGCCAUCUGGAUCAGGCCACCGCCGGGCAGGUCAUCAGGCUGCUGGUGCCGCGCAGGAAGGUGGCGGAUGAGAUUGUCCUCCUCGUCGUGGGAUGUCUCGGGUCUGGCCCGAGUAAGCCACAGCUCUUGCUUCAGGCGGCGCUUCUACGCUGGCUGUUGAUGGUGUACGAUGUCUUGGAGGACUACACUGUCCUCUCGCAGUUGUACGGAAUCAUGUUCAAUCUGCUAGAUAUGAUGACUCUAAGACCGUCCAUCUGUCAUCUUCUCUCUCUCGUCACACGACGAAAGCAUAUCAAGCCGUUCAGAAUUCAGGCCUUGCUGGAGCUCAAGCGCGAUGUCGGGAAUGAACAGCCCCUCAAUGCACUUCUCCAGGUGUACAAAAACUACUAUCCCGAUAUCAUCGUCGGCGAUGCCGGGCCGUUCAAGGCUGGAUUGUUCUCGCACCCGAAUCCGGAAUGGAUGCAGACCGUGCUCACCAUCCAAGAAGUAAAUGCCGCGAGCGAAAUGGGCCGUCGGGGGAAGACAACGUUCGCUGUAGUCAGACAUGCCAACGGCCAGGCGUCGAAACGGCGCAAGACCGAUCGUGCCGUGAUACCAGAAGUCCAUACAUUCCAAGCAAUCGAGUCAUCCAUCACGCUGGAGGAGGUGCGAAACGCCGACGACUUUGUGCGGAAGCUCGAUAAACUGGAGCUGCCGAACCAGUUGGCCGCUGUUCUCGAUGAUACCCUCUUGCAGAAUCUCCUCGCACUGAGACCAUCGCCAACGUCCGAUCAUCGUAUUAAUAGCUGGUUGACCGCUGCUCUUGAAGACGACCUCCAGCUCUCCAAAUCACCGACACCCGGAGCAUCGGCAAGAACGGGCGCGCUGCUAUCGGGGAUCGUUAAAUACACACAUUCUACAAGGAAACUGCUACCAUCAGUUGAGCUAUAUCUCCGAAAAUACCUAUCUCAGUGGGACGGCAAGUCCCACGUCAAGACGGUAUUGGAACUAGCGUCAUUCCUUCCCCUUCGGGAAUUCGAAGCUCUGGAUACGAAUUUCCUGAAGCCCAUCGAAAAGGUGCUGAGAUCCGGCGGAAAGGAGGCGGCUGCGAGUUUGCUGGGAUUCCAUACCGCCCUCUUGCGGAAUUGGGCGAUUGCCUAUAGCGGACGGUCUCCGGAGAAGGAGAACCUGGAUGUCGAGGCUCGCUGCCUCCAACGGUUUGUGAAACAUGUCGGCAAUCUCUGUCUCCACCUAUUUCAGGAGUCGAGUAACACGGCGGCCGUCGCGAAUGCUACGCUUUCGUUCUACGAAUGCGUCUCGGCGCUGCCGUGGGAGAAUAGUCUGUUCCGCAUCGUCAUACCGCCGGACGCGGUGGUGUACUACUACCUGUUUGUCGGUGAUGUGGUGAUGUUUUCCCGACUGUGCUCGAUUCUCGUCCGAUACAAGAACGCGCUCGAACCCGCAAUGCGGACGGCACACGAUCAAGCGGCUGUAGCCCACUUCAAUGGCUUCAUCAUGGAUAUCUGCAAUUGCAUAUGGCGCAACCGUGCGUUCGCCGGGGCCAACGACAGAGACAACCGGUCUGCUCUUGCGUGCACAAUCCCGGAAAACGUGAUAGAAGUCCUUCGAACAGCGAGCACCGAACGCGGAAUCGAACUCAAGAACAUGUUUUCCUUCUCAUACUCGCCGUUCCUGGCCCGCUUCUCGGCAGAGUACUUCCACACCCUCGAGAAGGCGGCCGGCGCGCCGGUCAAGCACCAAGGCCCCGUCACCUUCAAGUCGCUACAACAGCUGGAACUCAACGGCGGAAUGAAACUCGUCUACGCAGAGUACCGCAACAAGGUGCUGAACCACCUCAAGUAUAAGGGCUUCGUCGGAAUCUCGGACUUUAUGUACGCUACCAUGAUGAGUCUGAGGCAGCCGGGUGCGGCGAAUGCGCCCGCUGCGCCGGUGGCGGCGGCGGCGAGGAGGAGGAAGGCUGCGUGAAGAAAUUGUGAAUGGAAGGUGGAGAGGUGGUGGUGGUAGUGGUGGUGGC